GUCCGGAUCCUAACUGACACUGAACUGGACUUAAUCUCUGUGACGGAAAACAAGAAGAACAACUAAGUGGUUUAGUUUGGACGCGCUGACUCUCCUCCCCUCUCCUCCCGGUGGUUUAACGGGCUGUCGGUGACGUGAGACUGUGACCGAGAGCCGUUUGACUGCAUGAAGAGGCCGAGUGACAGGACCCUGGUCCUCACUUAGACCCCUCCCACGACCCCGCCACUGCCUGGACAUGAGGUCGUUCAGAUCGUUUGCAAACGACGACCGCCACGUCAUGGCCAAGCACUCCAGCAUCUACCCGGCGCCGGAGGAGCUGGAGGCCGUCCAGACGCUGGUGUCCACCGUGGAGGGAGCCCUCAAGAAGGUCUCUGAUUGGAUGGAUGGCCUCAACAAAUCCUCAGGGAAGACCUCCGCCAACGACGAGGCCGGUGACAGUAAGGUGGAGGAAGACGCCGCUGAGACAAAGCCGGACAGCACGCCGGCACUGUGCGGGGUGACACGCGUCGGUCUGGUGGCCAAAGGCCUGCUGAUCAAAGGGGACAUGGACCUGGAACUGGUGCUGAUGUGCAGGGAGAAGCCCACCAAGCUGCUGCUGUACACCGUCAGCGCCAACCUGCCGCUGCAGAUCCAGACGAUGACGGAGGACAAGUACGAGGUGCAGUCAUGCGUGCCGGAGGCGGCCAUCCGGGUCUGCAGCACCAAAGACCCCCGACUCACGCUGAAGAUAACCCUCUCCUCCUUAACCAUGAGGGAGGACCACAGCACCACACAACAAGAGGACGGCCAUCCGGACGACAGCAAGGAGCAGCAGCAGCAGCAGCAGGAGGAGGAGGAGAAGGAGGACGAAGAAGAGGAGGACGUCCUGGACAGGCAGAAGUGCCGGGCUGCGCUGGCGGCGCUCCGACACGCCAAAUGGUUCCAGGCCAGAGUCACAGAUCUCAAGUCUUGCGUCAUCAUCUUGAGGAUUUUCAGGGACAUGUGCAGCAGACUGGCUGGGUGGCAGCCUCUCAAAGGAUGGCCUCUGGAGCUCAUCUGUGAAAAGGCCAUCGCCACCUGUAACCGGCCGCUGGGUCCGGGUGAGGCCCUGCGUCGCGUUAUGGAGUGCAUCGCCUCAGGGAUCCUGCUGCCAGGAGGUCCAGGAGUUCACGACCCCUGUGAGAGGGAACCCACAGACGUCCUGUCUGACCUCAGCGCCCAGCAGGCGGACGCCAUCACACACAGCGCGCAGCAUGCGUUACGCCUCCUAGCCUUUGGACAGCUUUACAAGGUCUUGAAUAUGGAUCCUCUCCCCACCAGCAAGCCCUCACCGAGGCUGUUAGAAGGCGGCUGUCAGAAGAGGCUUCGGGAGGACGUCGGGUCAGAUGACAGAGACUUCAUCAAAAGGAUGAAAGUCCUGGACUGGAGGAUGACGGAUCCGAACCACCCGAUGAACGCUCUGAUGCGUCUGAAUCAGAUCCACCCGGGCCUCCAGUACCGCCUGCUGUCUCAGUCCGGCCCGGUGCACGCUCCCGUCUUCACCAUGUCCGUGGAGAUCCAGGGAACCACCUACCAGGCCACCGGGAACUCCAAGAGGACCGCCAAGCUCCAGGUGGCCCUCAAGGCGCUGCAGGCUCUGGGGUUCGUGCUCGGCGGCGACGGAGAAGUGGACUCGCUGAGCGCCGACGAGAAGUCAGAUGGCGAAGGCAAGAACGACCGGAUGUCCACCAGCUCCAGCUCCACCUCCAUCACCUCCUCCACAGACGCACAGGAGUCCAGAGCUCCAGGUCCGAUCCUGACGGCGGGAGGUAAAAACCCGGUGAUGGAGCUGAACGAGAAACGCCGCGGCCUCAAAUACGAGCUGAUAUCAGAGAGCGGCAGCAGCUACGACAAACGCUUCAUCAUAGAGGUGGAGGUGGACAAGCAGGUUUUUCGGGGAACGGGUCCCAAUAAGAAAGUAGCCAAAGCCAGCGCAGCACUCGCAGCCCUGAACAGCCUGUUCUCUGGCUCCAAGUCUACGAGCAACAAGAAGAAGAGACCCAACCCUCCUCCGAAGCGGCCCGUAGCCUCGGUGCUGACCCUCCCGGCCCUCGCUGCCAGACCUCAACGUGUCCCCGUCAUCCCCAGAGCUCCCUACAUCAGCACCCAACCCACACAUGGAUACAUCCCCCCAGGUUUUGGAGCUCCUUAUGGUUACAGCCCUGCAGGCGCCCUCCCUCCCUACGGUUUUCCGUCCAGAAUGCCCUCAGUAGUUGUCCCAGUCAUCAGAGUCCCCACAACAUACCCACUCACCCACCUCUACCCUUAUUAGGACACUCACCUCACCUCACCUCACCUCAUCUCACCUCACCUCACCUCACUUGUAAAGUUACACCCUGACUUUUACUGUAUGUUCACGACACAAACGACGUCAAAAAACAACACUGGACUCCACACUGGACUUUUGACCAGUCUACCCAGUCAGUACCGUUGCUGUAUAGCAUGUUCCCUCAUUAGCAACCAGCUAGAUUAAACUGGCCAUUAGAAAGUUGUGUGUUUGACAAAUAAGCUCUUUGAUCAUCAAAACAUUAUGCAACAAAAAAACUGAGUUCAGUAUUUCCUGAACUGCAGUGUGUGAAGACAGAUAAUGUUUUACACUGUAGGGAGCUUAACAUCUACUGUAGGGAACUAAUUAACCACCCAUCACAGGAAACACCAACUAUACACCGAAGUAAGCAAACUAACAGUCAUUAUAUGAACCUAAAAAAAAGAAUUAGCCACUGUAGAAAAACAUCCAACACAGACUACUAAAUAUCUCCUGUAAGGAAAUCAACAUUGUCUAUAAGGGAACUAACCCAAAAUCCACCGUAGCAAAGUAGGCAAACAAAUAUAAAGUCACUAUACGGAGCUAAACAAAGAAUAAACAGCUUCUUAAGUACACCAACUACUAAACAGCUAAUGUAGGAAGAAGUAAAGUAUGAAUUAAAGAAACAGUUCCCCUACUGUGGCUGUUUUUUUAACUCUCAAUAUGAUGUUAAGUUCCCUAAAUCAUGAUGAGCUAACUAAAUAUUCACCAUAGUGAGAAAAAAAAUUACACAAUUGGCCACUAUAAGGAACCAAACAUCCUCUGUUGGAAUUAAAGAAACAGUUCGUACAGUGGAUCAUUAUUUACUUUCCUACAUUGGAUACUGUAGUUGAUUUUUGUUCAUUUUUCUUAAAGUUCCCUACAGUGGCUGACUAAAUAUUCAUUGUAGGGAACUAAAACAACUACUAAGUAUCAAACUGAAUUUAAACUAAAUACAUAUGCAUACUGUAAGGAGUUAAAAAAUCAUAUGUAGGGAACUAAAGAAAUCACCAAACUACUCGAUAUCCAAUGUAGGGAACUAAACAUCCUCUGUAUGGGAACUAACUCAACAUCCGCCAUAGCAAUCUAAAUUAACAGCCACUAUAGGGAACUAAAAUAAAAUCAACUGCGACAUUAAAGUAGUCAAUGUAGGGAAAUAAAUAUCCAUCGUAAGGAACUAAAAUAUUUUGUUGGGAACUAAAGAAACCUACCAUACAGACUACUAAAUAUACAAUGUUUUAAACCAGGGAACUAAAUAAAUUAACUGUAAGGAGCUAAACAUCUUCUGUGGGGAACUAAAGAAAUUACCAACCAUACACCAACUAUUAAAUACCUACAGUAUGGAACUAAAUAGUUACUGUAGGGAACAAAAAAACAACACUUACAAUACACCAACAACUACAAUGCAGGGAACUAAACAUCCUCUGUAUGGGAACUAACUCAACAUCCACCAUAGCAAUCUAAAUUAACAGCCACUAUAGGGAACUAAAAUAACAUCAACUGCGACAUCAAAAUGUCCAUUGUAAGGAAUUUUUUGGGAACUUCAGAACUAAAUAGUUACUGUACAAAAAACAACACCUACCAUACACCAACAACUACAAUGUAGGGAACCGAAAAGCCUCUAUAUGGGAACUAACUCAACAUCCACCAUAGCGAAUUCAAACCAGUCACUAUAGGGAACUUAAAAAAACACACUGAUACUAAAUAUAGAGAGCUUAAUACAAAUCAGCUGUAGGGAACUAAAGAAACAGACACUGUAGGGAACUAAAGAAACAGACACUGUAGGGAACUAAACAACAUGAAAUAUGCAGAUAUAAAACUGAUAACAUGUAGACUAUAAAAUGUAACUGAUCAAAGAGCUUCUUUGUCAAAAGGUUAAUUAUUCCUUUAACUAUCACUCAUAGAUGUGAACGCUGUUUUGUAUUUUCAUUUCUCUGUCUUCUGAUGAUAUUUUAGGUUUCUGUGGAGGUUUUUAUAAUAGUCGGUUGCACUGAGAAACCUUUUUCCUUUUGUUUGGAUGUUAACAGUCCGAGUUUACACUUACUGUUGUUGAGCCAUUUUGUUUUGAGUGAAACUACUUUUUCUUUUCAGAGAGAGAUUUUAUUUUGACCUGUUUGUAGGUUAUAUUCUGUUUAAAUAAAUUAAUAUUUUUGUCAACA